GUUGAGCAAACAAAAGCCCGAGAGCGUCAGCAGCGCCGCUGCCUCCCUCCCUCCCUCCCUCUCUCUCUCUUUUCCUCACAAAAACACUUUCGGGAAGAAUAAAGUGUGUUUUUUUUCCCCCAUUCCUCUCGCCGACCUGCGCUCGGCCAGUGUUUACCCGGAGCCAAGCCGUGGCCUGCAGCUGGAAGAACGGCCCGACCAUGAGGAGGCAGAAGCGGGCUCCUGGGACACCCUGGGCUUGUCUCCUAUUACUGGUGACGCUCGCCGACGCUCACCGAUUCCUUAGCCAGAACACAGCUUCCCAGUUCCUGAGCAGGCACCGGAGGGCCAACUCUCUGUUUGAGGAGAGCAAGAAGGGCAACCUGGAGAGGGAGUGCAUCGAGGAGGUGUGCAACAAGGAGGAGGCCAGAGAGAUCUUCGAGAACCACCCAGAGACGGAAUACUUCUACCCCAAAUAUGUCUUGUGCUUGGGUUCCCACCGCGUCGGCAUCAACAACCACAACUCCGGCUCCAACAUCCCCCCUGACCUUCGAACCUGCGUGACGGAGAUCAGCAACCAGUGUACGCCGUUCCCGUGCUACAAGGAGGGCUCGGAGCGCUGCGUGGACGGCCAGGCCUCCUAUACCUGUGUUUGUAAGCCGGGCUGGAAGGGGCUGCGCUGUGAGGAUGACAUCGACGAGUGCACAGAUCCUGAGUUUCCCGCAGGAUGCAACCAAAAGUGUCACAACAUUCCAGGUAGUUUUCUCUGCUUGUGUGAGGAAGGCUUCUUCAUCAAUGACAACAUCAACUGCGUUGAUGUCAAUGAGUGCCUGUUGUACCCCAGUAUUUGUGAACAGCCAGCCAAAUGUGUCAACACGCCAGGCAUGUAUGAGUGCCGGUGUCCCGUGGGAUUUAAAUACAACUUCACCUCAAGGACCUGCAAUGAUAUUGACGAGUGCGAGAUGCACGCGUGUGUCGGGACCUGUCAAAACACGGUGGGCAGCUACACGUGCCACUGCGACGGGCGUCAGGGUUUGCAGCUGGCUGCGGACGAGCGACACUGUGAGAGCAUCCCUGUUUGCGUGGACCUGAAGGACGAUAAACACCCCGAGAUGCUUUACCUGGGGGAGCAGUUUGCGGGCUUUCCAGUCAUCUACCUGCGCUUUCGCCUUCCUGAGAACACAAAAUUUGCUGCUGAAUUUGACUUCCGAACUUUUGACCCAGAGGGAGUUGUUCUGUAUGCCGAGUCUUCCCCCAACUCGUGGUUCAUGUUGGGGCUGAGGGCUGGCCGCAUUGAAGUCCAGUUUAAAAACCAGCACACCUACAAGGUUACAAGCGGAGGAAAAGCCAUCAAUGACGGACAGUGGCAUGUGAUCUCGGUGGACGAGCUGGAAAACAGCAUCAGCGUUAAGAUCAGCAAGGAGGCUGUGAUGAGCAUCAACAGCCCCGAGAAUCUCUUCACUUCAGUCAACGGCAAACUGGAGACCAAAGUCUACAUCGCUGGGCUGCCGAACCGCACCGACACGGUCAUGAAGGCUAUCAAUCCCCGACUGGACGGCUGCAUCCGUGGCUGGAACCUGAUGAACCAGGGGGCGUCCGGCGUCAAAGAGGUCAUUCACGAGAAGGAGAGCAAACACUGCUUCGUGUACGUGGAGAGAGGCUCUUUCUUCUCAGGGGCCGGACUGGCACACUUCAACAUAGACUACAGUGAUGCCAGCAGCUGGAAGGUGGACGUAACGAUAAACAUCCGUCCGUCCAGCAGCACGGGUGUCCUCUUUGCUCUUGUCUACAACAACACUGUCCCCCUCUCAGUCGCCGUGGUAACAAAGGAGGAAGACGACGCAGACCUACAAGUGUUCCUGGACGGCGUCUGUGUGGCCACGCUGGACUCGCUGAUGCUCUGUUACCCCGAUCGGCUGAUGGUGCGGCUGAACGUGACGCCGACGGACAUCCAGAUCUCUGCCAACUCCUCCACUGUUAGCUACGUAAACCCUGAGGCCCUGCAGAAGGCACUGGGGCGCCUUAACGCCACCAUGCAGAACCCCGUAGCAACGUACAUUGGUGGGAUACCAGACGACGUCCCGUUGCCCGCCACCCCGGUGUCAGCCUUUUACCACGGCUGCAUGGACAUCACCGUAAACGGCGUGCAGCUGGACUUUGACGAAGCUCUGAGCAAACACAACAGCAUCAAGUCUCAUUCCUGUCCUCCUGUCAGUGACCCAGAACGCCCAGAUGUACCCCGGCCUGCAUAGGAAGUGACCUCAAUUAGCAAACUAUGAUUAAAUAAAGCCCUCGAGUUUGCCAGCGCCCCCGCCUGGGACGCCUUCUUGGGACAGGUUGGAUAGAAAGUGGGGUUUUUUACGUUUUUGUCUUUCAUCCAUGCCGUCUUAACUUUGUCCACUAUUUUUUUUUGUUUGUGGUUUGUUUUAGCUUCAACUAAAGCUGCUGGGCAUUACGUUGCAGCAGUUGUUGUUUUUUUGCCAAUAAAUGUACAAUCUUCAAAGACACUUUGACAGAAAGAGUUCAGCUCUGCGGCACCGGUGUGUAUUGAACAACAGGUGGUUGCCUGUGUGUGUAGAUGAAUAAACAAAUGGUCGCUGUUGGCCAGGCUCUGCUAGUACCUGCGUCCCCGUCCUUGCUGCAGUCACAUUCCUGUCUGUAUCUGUCUCAGAGGAAGAGGCUGAGCCUGGAGGCCUCUGGCACGGUCUUGUUGCACGUGUUUCUUUGAAUCAACAUUGCUGGUUUGGGUCGCACAGUUAUUAUCUAAACCUUUGGUGUCUAGCUUGUUCUGUAGUUAUUCUGGGUUCACAAUUUCACUGUGUAUAUAAAAGACAAACCAAGUAGUUCUUUCAGAAGUAUUAUUGUUUUUGCGACGUUUGUUUUAAUAAAACUGAAUUAAAGCAGUG